UUGAUUUAGUUAUCAUAGAAUGAGACCGCUUUUCGAGAUAAGUUUCUUCGUUGUUGUGGUAAAGAAGUGCAUUUCCGCAAAAAUUUUAAGAAUAUAUACAAUAUAAGAAAAUAAUAACGAAAGUAUUAAAUAAGCAAGUGGAUAUUCAAAAACUGAUGUUCAAAAAAGAUAUAUUUUUUAUUGUGUAAAAAAGAUUUUUUUUAUUAUAAAAAAAUAGACGUAAAACAAACGGAUUUGUGUUACAAACUUAUGCAAUGUAAUCUCUUUAAAAUUCUGCUCAUCUUUAAAGUGUUAGUUUAAUUGGAAAAGAUCAUCUUUUGAAGUUUACAAGUGAUAGUUCUAAACAAUAAGUUUUUCCUUUAUCUUAAUGUUUUUUUCUAAUACAUUGACUUAAAAACAAAAUAAAUAUGGAUUUAAUUACCGAGUUACUGCUAUUUGUCACGUUCAUUCUGUUCGGUAUUUACAUUUGGGCAAACCAUCAUUUCUCAUAUUGGCGAAAUAAAAAUGUGGCCUAUGUUGAACCAAAUUACUUUUUUGGUAAUUUCAAAGACAUGUUGAUGAUGUCGAAAAAUUGUGCUGAUGUCAUCAAAGAUUUGUACAAUCACAAGAAUGCCAAAGAUCAACCAAUUCUUGGAAUUUACAUCUUCAACAAACCAGCCUUACUGAUACGUGAUCCCGAAUUGGUAAAAUCAAUAUGCGUGAAGAAUUUUGACAAAUUCUCAGAUCGUUAUGCUCAAAGUGAUACCAAAGGUGAUACCCUUGGGUCAGCUACACUGUUCAUGAUCAAUAAUCCAGAAUGGAAGGAAUUGCGAACGAAGUUAUCACCAGUUUUUACGAGCGGAAAAAUGAAACAAAUGUUUCCACUUAUUCAAGAAAUCGGCAAUAAUUUAGACACAUACAUUAACUCUUUUCAAAUAGAUAAAAAUAGUAACAGCUUCGUUCGAGAGGUUAGGGAAAUCUGUUUUCUCUUUACAACAGAUGUGAUUGCAACAGUGGCUUUUGGUAUUAAAACCAGUAGUCUUAAAAAUCCAAAGGAUGCCUUUCUACGAGUCGGUCGAAGUACACUAGAUUUUACUCUAUGGAGAGGCCUUCAGUUUGUAGUUGCAUUUUUUAUACCACAUUUGGCAUCACUUUUCCGCUGCAAACUAUUUGCAAAAGACACGGAAGUAUUUUUUCGAAAGACCAUCAAUUCGGUUAUGGAUAAUAGAAUUAAGAAUGGAACAACUCGCAAUGAUUUGAUAGAUGUUCUAGCAGAAUUAAAAAAACAGUGUUUAGGUGACAGCCAGAAUAACAAUAAUUUACCGAUGACAAAUGACAUUUUGGUAGCACAGGCAGCGACUUUUUUUAUUGCUGGCCUGGAGACUUCUGCAUCUACUAUGUCUUUUUGUUUGUAUGAGCUAUCAAAGAAUCCAGAAAUUCAAGAGAGGUUAAGGGAAGAAAUAAGGCAGGCUUUGCUUAGAAACAUCACCUUAACUGGCAAGGACACACUCACCUACGAAGAUGUCUAUGGAAUGGAAUACUUGGAUAUGGUCAUAAUGGAGACUUUAAGACUUUAUCCCUCACUACCAAUAUUAGAUCGAAUAUGUACUUUACCCAAAGAUGAAAAGGAAUUCUCAUUGAAACCGUUUUCUGACUUUGCCAUACCGAACAAUAUGCCGGUUUAUGUCCCAAAGAUUGCCAUUCAUAGAGAUUCAAAGUACUUUCCAAAUCCAGAUAAAUUUGAUCCUGAACGAUUUUCAGCUAAGAAUAAGCCAAACAUACAAACAGGAACUUAUUUAGCUUUUGGAUUGGGACCACGAAGUUGUAUUGGAUAUCGCAUGGGACUAUUGAAAACAAAAAUUGGAUUGAUUAGUUUUCUUAGAAAUCAUAUUCUAACAACUUGUGAUAAGACCACCAAACAAAUAUUUUUGGACCCAAAAGCAUUAUUUGUACAAACGAAGGGUGGAAUAUAUUGUAAAUUUAUAAGGGAUCCAUUAAUUUAACUGUUAAUAGUUUUUAAAUGGAAAAAUAUGUGAAGAGG